CAUUCUUACGGUGAGGAUUGCUUGAAACAACAUGGUCUUGUUUGCAAAUAAGCUCGUUUUUAUUGCACUUUUAGGUGCAAUUUGGUCCCUGGACGCCGGACAUUCCCUGGAUUUCGACUGCAGCUACCGGAACAAUCAAAAUUGGUGCACCAUUGCAAAUUUGAGUUUGGCCUCCGGAACAGAUCUAUCGAAACUUACCUUUGCCAACGAAAGCUUGAUCUACCUGAAGGAGCCCAGUGUGGAAUAUUUGUCUGCGGAGCUCUUGAACCGGAUGAUCGUGGUCGACAAGAUGGAAGUGGACGGAGGAACGGUUCCCAAACUUUACAUCAAACCAACGUUGACCAGAAUUAGUGCCCACCGAAACCGGCUGGCGGAAGUGGUGAUUGAUGCUGAGGAUAACUUUAAUUUGGAGCAUUUGGGCAUUGCGUAUAAUUUGUUGAAGAAAGUUCCGAAAAACGUGCGAUAUCUAAAGAAUUUGGCUCGGUUACAUUUGCACGAUAACCAAAUUGAAGUUGUAGAUAUGGAUCAAUUUGGGGAGUUGCCUAAGUUGAAAGUUUUGGCCUUGCACAGGAACAAAAUCGUAAGGUUGGAUACAACUAGAUCAUUGAAGUUGGUCCAUCUGGAAGAGUUGUUUCUGUACGGAAACCAGCUGGAAGAUUUGUUCCUGAAGCUGUGGGACUUUCCUAAUCUGGGAACAUUUCACAUGGCCGCGAAUCGCCUCAGUUCUGUUCCGGGUUUUGUAGGAAAGUUCCCUCAAUUGACGACGACAUCGUUUGGCGGUAAUCAGUGGAACUGUGUCUGGUUGAUCCUGACUUUGAAGCAGCUGGUUCAGCAAGCCCAAAAACUAUCGGUUCAAGGCGAUAAGCAGUGUUUGGGGAACAAAGUCGGUGGGAUUUGCUGUAACGGAGCUGCGGAUGAAUUGAGCACAUUUAUCAUGGAUACCAUGAAUGAACAAUACCUUCGGAUGAACAUCUGGAUGAUUAAGCAGGAACGAGCCAUUGACGGUAUAAACGAAGCAAUAGAAUCAUUGAAAGAGGAACUAUUUGAUAGUAAAUUGAAAAAUAUAGAUAGAUUCGCUGAUUUAGAAGAUGCUACAAGAAGGGUGGAAAAUAAUAUGAAGAGUAGCUUUAGUGAUUUUAGGAAAGAAUUAGAACGGAUUCAAGCCGACAGUCCCAAACAGGUUCUAGAACAGUUUGAAUGGUUUGAAGAAAAGUUGCAUGAAAAUCGUGCUUUGAUAGAUAAUGUUAUUGAAGAUUUAUACCUAGCCGAGAUAGAGAAAAAUGACAACAAAACACAAAUAAUAAAUUGAAUUAAAAUUGCAACCCCAGAAGAGCCACUCCGGUAAUCAUUCCUCAUUAGCCAUAGUGGCAUUCGACUACUACUAGCUACUACUUUGUGUUCCAAAAGAGCUCGUCUAGCUGGUCAACCAUAACGACAAUUUAUCGCCCACAGUGGAGAAAAGGACAUUCCCCCAACGAAAAUUUCCAUGUUUACCCCAACCCCAGUCAUGUCAUUCCACCUGUAACAUCUUCCCCGCAAACAAUUUUCCGAAAGGUACAUGAACUAUGAAUUCCAACUACAUCCCCCCGUAAAGACAGUCCGAAACUUCAUCGUGAACCCUAGAACGGGAACAUUUUUGGUCCCCGAAAGCCAUUCAUUCAGACGUGUUGGUGAUACCUUUUUUCUUGCCUGUAGAGUAAUCCUCCAAGAGCAACCGAACAUGCCAUUUGACUGCCACUUUACGAUUCGUGGGGAUGUCAUACCGGGUGCAAAGCAAUUUCCUAAAUAACAUCCUUUCGCUUCUGUUCGCCCCGUGCGCCUCAAAACACUCGGAACUAAAUAGGAAGACAGAAUCCCUCGGGGCUUUCCCGGAAUAGUUUGGCAUCAAUCGAUUUACGAUGAAUGGGCGACGAAUUUA